AUGCCACGUCUUGAAGCUGCCACAAGGAACAUCGCCAUUGGAAGACUGCAGGCUGGAGAGUCCCAAUCCUCUGUUGCCCGGCGUCUGAAUGUUAGCCAAAGCACAAUAUCACGGCUUGCAACUCGCUACAACCAAACAGGCACAACACAUGACCGUCCCCGUACAGGAAGACCUAGAGUCACCACACCAGCCCAGGAUCGCUACAUCCGGGUCCUCCAUUUGCGUGACCGUACUGCUACGGGUGAGAGCACUGCAGCCAGGGUGCCAGGACUUAGGAGGAUAUCAGGCCAGACUAGACGUGAUGGUAGGAACCGGGUCUACAGACGUGUUUAUGAACGUUAUGCCCCUAACUGCGUACGUCAAGUGGACAGAUUUGGUGGAGGGAGUGUGAUGAUGUGGGCGGCAAUAUCCUACACUGAUCGUACCGAUCUUUUUCACGUCCAGGGAAACCUGACGGCUGUACGCUACAGAGACUCCAUCCUGCUACCACACCUCCUGCCAGCCAUUGACGUCCAACGUGAGAUUUUCCAGCAGGACAACGCCCGGCCCCACACGGCACGUGUCACAAUGACCUUUCUCGCUGCUAACAAUGUCCCUGGCCGUCCCGUUCCCCGGAUCUUAACCCAAUAG